AUGCACACUAACUCUCCCUCAGAAGCAGAUGACCAAGAUCUAGAAACUCAACCACUGUUGAGACCAAACACUCAAGAAAGCCAACUUAUCAGUGAUGAAGUGAGAAUCAACGUCGCAAAUGAGGCCCUAAUCAAAUCUCGUAGGAGGAGUAUGAAACGCCUGAUUACAUAUCUGCUAGGCAUUACUUUAUUAAGUUUCCUUGGUGUCAGCAUAGUGCAGUUUAUUAGGGGACAUGUGCCGCCCACAGAGGUCAUAGAGAAGAAUCUAGUUCAAGUAACAAAUUUCAAACUGGUGGAGUUUCAGCUUGAUGGCUGGAAAGAUAAUAUGCGCUCCGACCUGAACAAUGAUACAGGUAAGUACUUACAGGUUUCUAUACACUCUCAGAUUUGGUUUGAUUAUAAUAAAUGGCCAGGAGCAGAAAAUGACUCGGACGCCAGUAGUCAACGAGACUGGAUACGAUACUUCAAUGAAAAAGUUCUUAAAACCAUCUGUAUAGAUCUCAAUAACGUGACCACGUUCGACGGAGAUCUGGCAUUUAAGGAUAAACUGGGAGAUGUUGUUGGCAUGGACCCCAUUUGUUUUAAUUUGGCUCACCGACAGAUUAACGACCUACAGUUCAAAGUUUUAGUUAAACCGUCUAUUUGGAAAAUCGUAAAAGUUAUGAAAAAAUUCUGGAAUGGUGAUUUCGAUUCGUUAAAUAUAAAAUCAAAUUUAGAUAUGACUAUCUUCAAGAAAAAAUUUGGCAUGCGUCUUGAUAUAUUGAAACUUAACGGUGAAAUUUUAAAUUGGAAAGAUAUCAUUGAUUGGGAAAAAUUAUCAGCAACGCCCCUUCGAAUGCUUCAAAAUAUGUUUGAUGCAAUAUCUCUUCAAGGUUUUACAUUACGAGACUCUGGUUCUGAUGGAUUUCAUGCUGAUAUGAGACUGAAUCCGAUUACCAUUCUCGGGGGGUUGGAUUGGGUUCGCCUUCCGCCAGGCGCGUCAAUCCCUUUCAUCAAUUGGGAAAUCAAGCUACCGGACUGUAACGGCAAGCCUGCUAUCGCGAUUCCAACGUUGUCAUGCUUUAAUGAACCAAUCAAUUUGCACCACGAUAAGGAUAAUAUCUUCGUCUGUUUACAAAAUGAAAUCAAAGGUCCUCUGCCCAAUGAACUACUAUACCAAGAAUGCCCUCAGAAUAGCCUUACACCAAUGAGCCAAAUAGUGAAUGCGGUCCUGAACCAGAACGAGACUGUUACGUUUGCAGUAAGAGGCCAUGUCAUUGAAGAUGGCAUAGACAAUAACUCAUUGAUUCCUGUCGAAAUGCUGGAGGACGUUUUCCAAGAAAUGUCGUUUAUUCCCAUUACUACCAACGCUACAUUCAAUUCCAGUGAAUUGAUUCAAGAGUUUCAGAUCAACGACCUUCAGCUACGAUGGGCAGCCCGCAAAAAGCUCAGUCUUGUGGGGACAUUUUUAGGAUACUUUGAUCUAUCCUUUUAUGAGACACAUCAGCGCGACCGAGUUCGCAUCGACACCAUUCGGGGACAGAUCGACCUAUAUCAUAACGACAUCAACUUCUUAAACUUACCCAUGAAGCAAUGGAUCAAUUCCACAUCGCGCAUUCUGCACGAUGAGGAUACAGGAAAUACGCAGAUGAAAAUGCAGUUCGAUCUAGAGAAUGACGACAUGGAAGUUGUCAAUAGCUUGGAACUAACACGCACCUUGAACGAAAUACUAUUCCAGGGUUUUACAGUUAUCCACUUUAAUGCAACAAUUGAUGCGUCACUUACGACGGCCCUGGGACCGUGGGUUCUCACUGGGUUAGUCGGAGAGGGUGACACUCUGGUCACGUGA